AGACCGGGACUCUAUCAUUCCUCUAUCUAGACGUUUCAAUGCAAGCGCAAAGCCUCGAAGCUAUAUAACCAACCUUGUGCUGUAACUUGCUCGGGAUAAUCUCGUACAAGUCUUCCCAACUACACACUGCACCACACAAUUCGAGCCGCUUUAGGAAGGCACCGCUCGCGUGGGCAAGAUACUGCGCCGGGCGCUCUUCCGGCGCGAGUGGCUUCAGCAACUUCAACCCCAGGUCCAUAUCUGUAGCACUGCUUGGAGGACGUCUGACUCGUACUCCAUCAUGGCCGUCAACGCAGCCUCCCACAACAUCGCCGGCAUCAAGACCGGGCCCGUCUCCGGCCAACCCCCUCCCCCCUCAGACGACACUAAAGCCGCCAUCCUGGAAGCCGCGAAUGGCGAUCCCAAGGGUGAGAACGCGCCCGGCCAAGACGGCGGCGAUCGCGAUGGGGGCGCGAAGGAGAAAAGCGAGCGAGAAGCAGAAAGCGAUGGCCGCCGCCUCGCAGCCCAAGCAGCAGAAGGAGAAGAAGGCGCAGGAGAAGCUGCCGCCGUAUAAGGAGGACACGCCGAAGGGGGAGAAGAAGAUUCUGAAGCCGCUGGAUGAUGAGUAUCAUAAGGCGUAUAUACCGUCGGUGGUGGAGAGUGCGUGGUACGAUUGGUGGGAGAGGGAAGGGUUGUAUCUGCCGGACUUUGCGGAGGAUGGGAAUGUGAAGAAGGCGGGUCACUUUGUCAUUUCUAUACCUCCGCCUAAUGUUACCGGUGCGUUACAUAUUGGCCAUGCGUUGGCGACUUCGUUACAAGAUGCCAUGAUACGAUGGAACCGCAUGAAGGGUCUCACGGUGCUGUACGUGCCUGGCUGUGACCAUGCCGGUAUCUCCACGCAGAGCGUUGUCGAGAAUAUGCUGUAUAACCGGCGCAACGGCUUGACGAGGCAUGACCUCGGACGGGAGAAGUUUGUUGAGACGGUGUGGGAGUGGAAGGAAGAGUACCAUCAGAAGAUUAACAAAGUGCUGCGGAGGUUGGGUGGCUCGAUGGACUGGACGAGGGAAGGCUUCACGAUGAGCCCGACGCUUUCGGCAGCCGUGCGGCAGACGUUCGUGCAGCUGCAUGACGAAGGUCUCAUCUAUCGCGCGAACCGACUCGUCAACUGGUGCACCAAACUCACCACCGCCUUGUCAAACCUGGAAGUCGACCAAAAGGAACUCGAAGGCUCAACCAAACUCGACGUACCGGGCUACGACAAGAAGAUCGAAUUCGGCAGCAUCUGGAACUUCAAAUACCCCAUCGACGGCACCAACGAGACCAUCGAAGUCGCCACCACCCGGCCCGAAACCAUGCUCGGCGACUCCGGCGUCGCCGUCCACCCGUUCGACGAGCGCUACAAGCACCUCAUCGGCCGCAAAGUCCGUCAUCCCUUCGUCGACCGCCUCCUGCCCAUCUUCGGCGACGAGACGGUCGAGAAGGAUUUCGGUACGGGCGCCGUCAAGAUCACCCCCGCGCACGACUUCAACGAUUUCAAGCGCGGGAAGGAGCAUGAUCUCGAGUUCAUCAAUAUCCUCAAUGACGACGGAACCUUGAACUCCAACGCCGGACCCAUGUUCGAGGGGCAAAAGCGGUUUGACGUGAGGUAUACCGUUAUUGCUGAGCUGGAGAAAUUGGGGUUGUAUGUGGGCAAAGCCGAUAAUAAGAUGUCGAUCCCGCUUUGCUCGAAGUCGAAGGAUGUCAUUGAGCCCAUGCUGAAGCCGCAGUGGUGGAUGCAUAUGAAACCCUUGGCCGAGCCGGCGAUUGAGGUUGUGAAGUCCGGGCAGAUCAAAGUCCGCCCGCAGACGGCCGAGGCGACGUAUUAUCGCUGGAUGGAGACGAUCGACGAUUGGUGUUUGUCCCGGCAGUUAUGGUGGGGACAUCAGGUGCCGGCGUGGUAUGUUAAGGUUAAAGAUGGACCGGCGUAUGAUUCCGAACCGGAGUAUUGGGUCUGUGCGCAGACGGAGGAGGAGGCACGGGAGCGAGCGAGGAAGAAGUUUCCCGGCAAGGAGUUUGAGCUGGAGCGCGAUCCGGAUUGUUUGGAUACCUGGUUCUCUUCUGGACUCUGGCCGUUUUCCACGCUGGGAUGGCCGGAGAAGACGCAUGAUCUGGAGAAGUUGUAUCCGACGUCCGUGCUGGAGACGGGGUGGGAUAUCCUGUUCUUCUGGGUGGCGCGCAUGAUCAUGUUUGGGUUGAAGAUGACGGGGAAGGUGCCCUUUACAGAGGUGUACUGUCAUUCGUUGAUCCGCGACUCGGAAGGUCGAAAGAUGUCGAAGUCGCUGGGGAAUGUUAUUGAUCCGGUUGAUGUGAUGGAUGGAGUUACGUUGGAGCAGUUGAAUGAGAAGUUGAAGGUGGGCAAUCUUGCGCCGAAGGAGAUUGAGCGUGCUAUGAAGUGGCAGAAGUCGGCGUUUCCGGAUGGUAUUGAUGAGUGCGGCGCUGAUGCUCUGCGUUUCUCACUUAUUAACUACACCACCGGCGGCGGCGAUAUCAAUUUCGACGUCAAGGUUAUGCGCAGCUACCGCAACUUCUGCAACAAAAUCUACCAAGCGACCAAGUACGUGUUGGGGAGCUUACCGCCGGACUACUCGCCCCCAGCUCACGCCGGUAAGACGGGCAAGGAGUCCCUACCUGAGCGGUGGAUCCUGCACAAGCUUACUCACGCGGCGAAGGAGGUGAACGCGGCGCUUGCGACCAGAGAGUUCUCGAAAGCCACCCAGGCACUGUACGGCUAUUGGUUGUACGAGCUGUGCGAUGUCUUCAUCGAAAACAGUAAAUCCAUCAUCCGAGACGGCACGCCCGAGGCGUCAAAAAGCGCAGUCGACACGCUCUACACCGCCCUCGACGGCGGCCUGCGGAUGAUGCACCCCUUCAUGCCCUUCUUGACCGAAGAACUGUGGCAACGUCUGCCGCGCCGACAAGGCGACAAGACGAAGAGUAUCGUCAUCGCCGCUUACCCGGAGUACGACGCUAGUCUCGACGACGAAGAGAGCGAACGCGCUUACGAUGUCGUAUUGGGAUGCUCAAAGGGUAUCCGCUCGUUGCUGCAGGAAUACGGCAUCAAAGAGAACGGGCAAGCGUACAUUCAAGCCCUCAACUCCACCGCCCACUCCAUCGCUUCCGCCGAAGUGGCGUCGAUCAAAACCCUCUCCGGCAAAUACCUGACCACCGUCACCGUCCUCAACCAAUCCGACCCCAUCCCCGCGGGAAGCGCGGUAUAUCCCCUUGGCUCUGACGCGGCGGUUUUUAUCCAAUUGCAAGGCAAGAUUGACCCGGAUGCUGAGAUCAAGAAGUUGAAGGGGAAGAUGGAGGAGGCGGCGAGGGUGGUUAAGGAGCAAGAGCGGAUCUUGGCCGGGUUGGAAUUAGGUGCUAGUGGGGUGGCGGAGGAGGUGAGGAGGCGGGAGGAGGAGGGGUUGAGGGGGAAGGUGGCGGAGCAGAGGGCUUUUGAGGAGAGUGUUGCGCGGUUUGAGGAGAUGAAGUUGGGUUGAGUAGGUGUAGUUGCUGCUCCGCGCUUGGUGGGCGAAGGGCGCAUGAAGAGGUGAGGCUGGCUUAAGCGUUGGUGGCGAGGGAUGUGGAGAUGCUUUACCGCCGUUGCUGUCGGGAAUGUUGCAGUCUUCGAUGCGAGUGGCUAUGGCUGUUCCGGAUGUUGUUGCGCAACGAUAUGCAACCGCGACCGGAAUAGG